CUGUUACCUUUCCAUCUCUUUUUUCUCUUCUCCUCUUUUCCUUUUCUCAUUCCUUUUUUGUCUCUUCUUUUCCUUCUCCAUCAUUUAGAAUCCCGUCGUCAACUCCGGCGCUGUGACAAUCAUGGAGAAGAAGUACGGUUCUGGGCCCGACGAGGCCUACGACGUCAACAUCGAGGCCAGCCCACCAGGUGACAACACCGACUUCACUUUUGCCCACGAUGGCGAGCAGCUCAAGCGUGGUCUCAAGAGUCGUCACUUGCAGUUCCUGGCCCUGGGAGGAGCCAUUGGAACCGGUCUCUUCGUGGGAUCCGGUGGCAUUCUCGCAGAUACCGGCCCCGCGCCACUCUUCAUGGCCUACAUUUCCAUGUCCAUGAUUGUCUACAUCGUUAUGAACGUCCUGGCCGAAAUGACUGUCUAUCUCCCAUUCAGAGGUGUCACCAUCCCCUACUACGUCAGCCGCUUUGUCGAUCCCAGCUUAGGUUUUGCUGCCGGUUGGAACUACUGGUAUGCCUACACAAUGCUUGUCGCCGCAGAAGCUUCAGCAGCUGCCAUUGUCCUGGACUAUUGGAAAGCCCAUGUCAAUGUUGCCGUCUGGAUUGCCAUCGUACUCGUCGUCUUGUUGGCACUCAACUUGUUUGCCGCCGCCAUCUUUGGAGAGGCAGAGUUUAUCUUUGCAUCCAUCAAGCUCAUUGCCUUGUUUGUUCUCUGCAUCAUUGGCAUUGUUCUGUUCUUUGGUGGCGGGCCAAAUCAGCAUCACGUCCUCGGUUUCCACUAUUGGAACGACCCUGGCGCAUUUGUAGAAUACAAUGCCAAGGGUGCAACUGGCAGAUUCUUGGGUUACUGGCACGCCUUCGUCAAAGCAGGAUUUGCUUUUAUUACCAGCCCUGAAUUGAUCGCAAUCGCCGCCGGAGAGGCCGUUUCCCCCCGUCGAAACCUCAAGAAGGCAGCUCGUCGAUUUACCUUCCGUCUGGCACUAUUCUACGGUGUCUCGUCACUCAUCAUUGGCAUCAUUGUCCCCUCAAACGACCCUAGACUGCUCGGAGCCUCAAACGCCAGCGCCUCGCCCUUUGUUAUCGGCAUUCAGAAUGCUGGUAUUCCUGUCCUGAACCACAUCAUCAACGCUGUCAUUCUUACCUCUGCUUGGUCGGCCGGAAACUCUUUCCUCUAUUCCGCCAGUCGAGUCCUAUACUCCAUGGCCAUCAACGGCCAGGCUCCCAAGUGGUUUGCCCUUACCAAUCGCUUGGGUGUCCCCUGGGUUGCCGUUCUAUUCACCUGGGCUUUCUCCCUUCUCGCCUUCCUCAAUGUCAACAACUCCGGUGCCACCGUCUUCAACUGGUUUGUCAACAUUUCAACCAUUUCUGGCUUCCUUGCUUGGAUUGUCAUCAUGGUCACCUAUCUUCGCUUCCGCAAAGCCAUCAUUUUCAACAAUCUCUGGGGAGAAUUGCCGUACAAGACACCCCUGCAGCCUUACGGUACCUAUGCUGCGCUCUUCGUUAUUUCUAUCCUCACCCUCACCAAUGGUUUCCAAGUCUUCAUCGGUGACAACUGGAACGUGAGCGACUUCCUCGCUGCCUACAUCACACUGCCCAUCUUCCUUGCGCUUUAUCUUGGUCACAAGAUCUGGAAGCGAACACCCUUCUGCAUCAGGACAUCUGAGGUUGAUGUUAUUACUGGCAAGAAGGAGAUGGACGAAAUGGAGGCCAUGGAUCAGCCACCUGUGCCCAAGAACUUCCUGCAGAAGGUGUGGUUCUGGUUGGCAUAGUUGAGAGUCGGAGGUAGAUGGGUUAGUUGCAUAUCCCGCCGCAAUUUUUAAUGUAUAUAAAAAGCGAUUCAAGAUGAAGAUGUUCUCGUUGUAUAUUGCCAGAGGCUGCUAGGAUCGCUAGAGGCGUUGCGAACCGUUGUCUUGGGCAUCUUACUAUUCAUGAUUUAGAUGAGAGCCAUGUUGAUGAAUAUAUAUCCAAAAGCUAGUUUCGAUAUAAAAUGUCAUAUCAAUUUGUUUAAGGCUGGUGAAAAAGAGAUGUCUUUGAAAUCUGGCGAUCGGUCGGGUUUUAUCCAAGUCGACUUACAAGCUGAGAAACUCUGGCCCUCGUUGUAAAUUUGUCAGCUUAUAGGAACAACGCGCG